AUGGCGUUUAUGUUGGUGGCUCCUUGCGUCGCCAUGGUGGCCAUGUUUAUCGUUCUUGUCAUUAUGCUUAUUCUGAGAUGCGGUGGUCGCCUUGGUUUGCGCCAUCACGCUUUACCGGAUAGGAACGAGCUCGAGGAGCAUACCUAUGACCAGAAGGUUAGCUAUGCCUGAUCGGAGGUUUGAUUGUGUUCACAUCAUGUUGCAGAGUAGUGAAUCGAAAGUAACAACAGAUAUUGGAAUAUCGAUUCAAAUAACGGAAGGAAAACCAAAUUGCCUUAUACAUAUAACUCCUUAUAGUUUUUUUUAAUAUUUAACUGACAGAAUAUCAUGCAGAUAAACUUUAACGUAGUAAAAUUCAGAUUACAUAAGCUAUUUAUGUCAGUCAGUGAAUCUCGAUCACAAUCUUGAAAUAUUCAUAAUUAUUUGCCAUUUGAUUUGAACACCCAAGAAAGACUACACUUUGUCUACAAGCACAGAAAACAGGCUGAGACCAUGUCCGAUUUUUAUUAAUUCAUGUAGGUAUUAUAUUCUAUAGAUUUAUUGCCCAGGACAGCUAUAUAAGAAACGAAUUCCAUCCAAUUUUGACUGUGUUUCUAUCUGAAACGCACAAUUUUAGACUUACUUUACUAUGAGUAUAUAACAAACGAUUUUAAGUUUUAAUUAUUAAGCAAUAAACAUGAGCAUUCCAAUAAAAAAUAAAUUUUAAUC